CAGGUGUGUUUCCCCAAAGGUGUCUCAACCUUCGAUGUGAAGAACUCUGUAACGAUGGAGAGGACUGAUGCAAGAAAGAUGAACACAGACGAAGAACUCACAGAAAACAGCGGGCUUCCCCUGAACCUGCUGGAGAGACACGAGCCCUGGCCAGCCUACGUCACGUACAUCUCCCCGAUGGUGAAGAAGCUCAUGGAGAAGAGCCAGGCGAGAGAGCUGGAGUGCGCGCAAGCCGCGGAGGAGGGCCGGCGGGCGGGCAGGCAGGGCAAGCCUUCCAGCGCCGUCCAGCUCGGAAGGAAGAAGUCAUCCAAGGUCUCCAGAAACUUGAUGUUCAAGGACCUGAGAUUAGAGACCGCGGUGUCUGUGUGGGGGCCUUUCUCUGUGUCGGCCGCCGGCCCCCCCGUGAUGCCAGGGCCCAUCCACUUUCACACGGGUUCCCGAGGGAGCCCCACCGCCAACUAUAACAAGAUCAUCUUCUCCCGAAAACCCACCACGAGGAGGCUUCCGUACAGCUCGCUUCUGGCCAGCAGGGAGACGCAGUCCAGCGUUUAAGGGCGAGUCCCGCAGCCAGCCCCCAAGACUGUACCUCAAUUAAGCUCCCUUUGCUGCAAAUUCCACUAUGGCCUUUAUGCUUGAACUGGCCCCUGCCUAUGCAGAGGCUGGCUGAGAUAAAGCAGGUCGAAUGUGGGCCGUGGGUGGGUGCACCCCCUCCCGGCAGCGUAGGCAGACGGGGGCGGGAAGCCCCGGCUCUAGUCCCCUCCCCUCCUUUGAUGCUCAGGGCCCAGCGUGGGUGAAUUCAUCCCGCACCAGGCAGGAGAGGAACGUCACACCAGGUGUCUGACCAGAGACGCUUUAGUAGAAAGCAUGACUCACCAGAUGACUGGAGAGGCAGGGAGGGAGCAGAGGUACGGACGGAGGUGACACCUGUAGGAAGCAAGCUGGGGGCACGUAAGACUCAGGUGUUUCUGGAAGGAAUUAGCAUGGCCUGUGGGGAGGAAAGGAUCGCUGGGGGAAGCAGAAGGGGGCAGGAAACCAGCAGGAAGCAAGCCAGAAGCGAGUUCCCUCUUCUGCCUCCCGCCUCCCAGCUGCCUCCGGGCCGCCCAAGGGCAGAGCCUAGCGGGCAGGGAUGCAGGAAGGCGAUCUGAGAAGCCCACACCCUGCAUCUCAAAGCAGAGUGCUUGAGGAUGGACCCCAAGCCAAGGGGAAGACGAGCUCAGGGCCCUGCCCAGUGGGGUUCUGGGGGGCCUCACCUUGCUGGUGCACUUGGUGCCUGAACCUGGCCUGGGAACGCCUCCUUCCUUGAGGGCUUAUGGAGUGGCAGUGGGGGCCCGGGGGGCCCUGCUGAGAA